AUGAAUGAGGUGGUGAGCAGAAGGAGCACACCUGCCCACGCGCCUGCCCUCCGUCCACCGGAUCGGAGGCGUCGGGAGGCUACGGAAGGCGGCUCCGGGACAAGCGCAGGCGGGACCUUCCUGAGUUUCAGCGAACGGAAGCUGCGAAUGUGUGGCUCUUUCCUGGGUUUAAUGGUUGAGUCAUCAAGGUCCAUCACAUCGCACUGCAUCACCGGCCACAUCGCCGCCUCGCUCUUUCGGUCUUUGAACUUUGGUGCCUCUUGCUCCUCAACAACUCAGAUCUCACCGAUUGACGGCCAAGCGCUAGGGAACUUUGCGGCAUUACAAUAUCCACCUUUGCUCUCUCCAUCUCCGCCUCUCGCCGAUAUCGUGAUCGCGAACGUGAAGCUGAAGUUCCUGCUUUUGCUCAUGACCACUUGA